AUGCUGCGAAUACACGCACACAUACGCAGGCGAAUCUCCUCCUCCUCCCACCUUAGAGCGCUUCACCUCACCACCCCAACCCUCGUCCCACGCACCUUCAAUCUCGCCGACAUAGGCGAAGGCAUCACAGAAUGCGAGAUCUUGCGCUGGCAUGCUGCACCCUCACAAAGGCUGCUCCAGUUUGAUCCACUCUGCGAGGUCCAAAGUGACAAGGCCAGUGUGGAAAUUACCAGUCCUUGGGAGGGACGGGUCAUGGAGGUUUGUGUCCAGGAGGGAGGGGUGGUCAAGGUGGGAGGGAGGCUGUGUGUGAUCGAUGUUGAUGAGCCAGGUGUGGGGACUGAGCUGAAGUCGGAUGUGGUUAAGGAAUCGAAGCCACCGGUACCCACACCGCCUCUUUUGCCCCAGCGCCAAACCUACAUUCCCCGCUCCUCGCCUACCCCGCAUCUUACGACCCAGAGGGAGGACAUCCUCGCCCUCCCAUCGGUGCGUCACUAUGCCAAGGAGAAAGGGGUGGACCUUUCUCUCCUUCCCCCUGGCACAGGGCGCGGUGGCAGGACAGAGAAAGCAGAUAUAGACCGGUACCUCGCUACGGCCUCAGCAUCUACAUCAAGCGCACCAGAAGUAAUGGAACAGAAAGACGAGGUCGUAAAACUUGGAAGGACGAGAUGGGCGAUGUACAAGAGCAUGACGACCUCCCUCCAGAUCCCGCAUUUCGGGUACUCGACCCAACUCGACCUCACAGAGCUACACCAUAUCCUUCCUACCCUAAACGCCUCCAUUCCCUGGCAGUACCUCCCUUCCCCUCCGCCCCAGCAUGCCGCCGUCUCCCCGUAUGCGAUAUACUGUUCCCCCCCGGAACCCAGGCCGGUCGAUCCCCUGGAAGAGUAUGAGAGACUGACGUAUUUGCCUUUCUUGGUCAAAGCUUUGGCUUAUGCGAUGCUGGAGUGGCCCUUGUUCAGGAGCACUGUGGCGCCCACGUCCUCUCCCGCCUCCUUGACCACAUCGUCCACCACUCCGGCUUCUUCGUCCCCAACUGCAACGGACCGACCCUCCCUCCUCGUCCGACCCAACGCCGACAUCUCCCUAGCCCUCUCUACCCCCACCGGUCUCUACACGCCCACGCUGUUCGCCGCCAAUCAGCUCUCACCGUACGAGCUACAAGGCCGCAUCACCCGCCUCGCACGGUUAGGCCGCACAGUGCCUUCCCAGCUCUCUCCCGCCGAGUUCGGGCGAGGGGGUACGAUUGCGGUGAGCAACGUUGGUGCCAUAGGAUCCGGUAGCACCGCCCACCCGCUUCUCGUCCCCGGUAUAGGGCUGGCCAUCGUCGUCCUAGGCAGGGCGAAAUGGGUAGACGAAGUAGACCCUUCUGGUGGUGAGCUCGGACAGGUCAGAAGGAGGCUGAAGAUGGAUACGAGUUGGGCCGGGGAUCAUCGGUUUGUGGAGGGGGCGGAGAUUGCGGCUUUUGGAGAGACUUGGAGGGGGUGGAUCGAGAAGCCUGGGAGGAUGGUAGGGGCGGGAAGGUAA